AUGUCUGACCUCGAAGCUGCUCCGGGGGCUCCAGAGGUCGCCCUGGCCGCAGGUCCGCCCGGUCCGGAGGAAUCCCUGGCACCUAACCUGGCCGGAGCGAGAAGCCAGCCGGCGCCCGAAUGCCCCCUGCCCGUCGAGGCAACUUGGCAGAAGACCCAAGAAGUGGCAGCAUCUUUCAGUGCACCGCUGAAUUUGGCAGUAGAGGAUGUGAAUGACAGCUCUGUGACUCUAACAUGGGAUGGUCCUGAAAAUGUGGGCCCUUCUGGUCUGGAUGGAUAUGUAGUGGAAUACUGCAAAGAUGGAACAACAAACUGGGUGACAGCCAACAAAAAACCCUUUCUUUGUAUUCGUUACACAAUCCACAAUUUAAUAUCUGGAGAGAAACUUCAUAUUCGAGUGAAAGCUGUAAAAGAUAAUGCAGUUAGUCAACCAGCAUUUCUAGACCAGCCACUUCUCAUCAGAGAAAUUCUUGAGCAGCCCAAGAUCCGACUUCCACGCUACUUAAGAGAAUUGUACCUGAGGACUGUGGGGGAUAUGAUAAACCUCUUGAUCCCAUUCUGGGGAAAGCCAAAGCCACAAGUGACCUGGACCAAAGAAAGCCAACCUUUGGACCCCAAACGAGUUGUUGUACGCAAUACUGAGAAGGAUUCUGUAUUCUUUAUGCGUGCAGCACAACGUAAAGAUUCUGGAAAAUACCAAAUAAGUGUUAAGAUCUUAGAUGAAUUUGAAGAUGUGGCUACCUUUGAUCUCCUGGUGAUUGAGAAACCAGGCCCUCCUGAGAAUCUGAAGGUGGUAGACACCUGGGGCUUUAAUGUGGCAUUAGAGUGGAGCCCACCCCAAGAUAAAGGCAAUGCUGAUCUCAAGGGCUACAAAGUCCAAAAAGCAGAUAUGAAGACUCAACAAUGGUUCACAGUUUGGGAACAUUACAACCAUACAAGCUGCACAGUAUCUGAUCUCAUCAUUGGCAACAGUUACUCUUUCCGAGUUUUCUCAGAAAAUCCUUGUGGUUUAAGUGAAACGCCUGCUGUCACAAAGAAUGUAACGCACAUAACAAAAUCAGGAAUCGUGUACAAACCAGAGAAGUUCUGUAGCCGGGAUUUCUGUGAACCUCCCAAAUUCACUCAGCCACUGAUAGACAGAACCACCACCCAGGGCUAUAGCACCCAGCUCGUCUGCUGUGUCCGAGGCUUCCCAAAGCCCAAAGUGAUCUGGAUGAAAAACCAAAGGGAGAUUCAAGAAGAUCCAAAAUAUCUAGUGCACAUGAACCAGGGGAUUUGCUGUCUAGAAAUCCGCAAGCCUAGCCCUUUUGAUGGUGGUGUCUAUACAUGCAAAGCUGUGAACCCUUUCGGUGAAGCCUCUGUAGAUUGCAAAUUGAAUAUAAAAGUUCUGGAAUGAUGAUAUCUGGGAAAUCAGACGAAGAACAAGAUCUUGCAAAAUUCUCUUCUGGGUUCUCAGCUUGGGAGAGUCCUUUACGGUUCCUAGAUGGGAUCCACAGCUUGGAAAUAAUUUUACCACUGUGGAUUUUCAAAAGCAGAAAGUUCACCUGCUGCUGCACUGGCUCUAUAAAUAGCAACUACAUGUUUCCUGUAAUACAAAGAUUGUCAUCUAUGCCUCUUGAUAUUUACCCCUGCAGAACAAAUACUGAAUAAAGGAAUAUAUGGUAUGAGAAUGAAAUGAUUCCU